AUGACGACUCCCAUCUUUGCAGAUGAGUACGGAUCACUUCUCGGCCGAUGGGAGAUGCCAAUUGAAUACUGCGGGAAUGAGUGGGUCUAUCCGACACCCUGGGAUCCGACGACGUUGACCACCAUUGCUUUCAACAACACCAUGGUGGCGGAAGUGGCCAAUGUCAAUGAAUUCGAUGACUCAGUCGAUGCGACCCACGAGGCGCUUAUCAAAAUACCCAAUCUCAGAAACCUGAAGCUCUCCUUCACACGCUGGAGCCCGGCAGCAUGGUAUCAAAACAUGCCAGCUCAAUUCGAGCGUUUCAUCCACCCGCGCAAUGACAAAGAACGAUCCGUAUGGCCAAAACUCGAGCGCCUCUCCCCUACGUGGAUGGGAAUGGACGCCGACUACGUGCUACAUUUUCUUGAACAGAACACGAAUCUCAAGUUCCUCGAGCUUGAGCAUAUGAUGCUCAUAGGCAGGAAGCUGCUGGAGGGUCGCGCGAUGGAAGACGUCCCGGUGAAUCCUGGCCCAUACCCUUACUACUCUGACAGGGAAACUGGAGAUCCAGGAGAUAUCUACCAACUAGACGAAGACGGCGGCUAG